AUGGCAACCCCCAAACAAAUGGAGAGAAGAAAUAAAAGUAAACGUUUAAUGUCGCUACCCGAGGGUGAUCGUCGGGGCACGUCUGGAGCUGACGCUGGAUGUGACAGUAUACGGACCGUCAGUGGCUUCUCGUUGAACAGGCGGGCGAGAGCCGGGGAACCCGAAAGGACCACAGCCGACCAUAACCGAGACACCGAUGUAACUUUGCAGAGCGGGGACCUUCCCACUAGCUCUGCCGGUUCAUUGGUAGAGACCAUGACAAGUUCAGUAGACACUAAUGAUUCGAGAAGGAAGUGGUCAACAGAAGAGAUACACGAAUUAAUGUUUUGUUACUACAAGGCUAAGGCAGAAGGAGUAGGUUUUAUGAAGCGUUUAGAAAUGUAUUUUAAAGAAAGAAAUCCAAAUAAUCCUAAGAUACAUAAAUUCACAGGCAACACACUAUCCAACCAAGCCCGAAGCAUAAUCAACCGAAAAUGGGUUUCAACACAGCUAUUACAAGAAAUUAAAAUGAGAGCAGAACAAUCUAAUAGGGAAACAAACAGUAAUUUACCUGACAACAAUACAAUUUUAGUUAUACCAUCACCUUUAGUGAACAAUACACAACCUACACUGACGACUGUACUGGAACACACACCCACAGACAACGUCAAUGUUUCACCUUACACACAGGCUAACCAACUACUAGACGAUGAGAUUACAGAUAUACGUACAGAUCAGUACACUUUAGAUAAAAUAGGGACUUUUAAUAUAGAUAUGCAUACACAGCAAACACAAAGCUUAGAUGAGCCCGAGGCAAUUAUUUUACAGUUUUUACAAGUACUAUCAGAAACAAAGGAGACAUGUAUAACAGACCGACCUUGUCUACCAAAACCAAAAUUUAAUAAAACUUUCAUCGCCAAUUUAGGUAAAAUUAACACAUACAUUCCUAAUUUAUUAGAUACACAUAACACCUUACGAGAACUAAAUAACAUAAUUUAUGCAACGGCAAAGACACUCAUUAUUGCCAAUGGGCAAAAGCCAUUCACACCUCGCACUACAAUAAAACCCAGAAGUGAUCCCCCUUGGAAAAGAAGAAUAAAGAAUAAACUUGAGGACAUUAGAAAAGAACUAGGUAGAUUGGUGGAAAUUAAGAAAGGAGUCAAUAGCAGAAGACUGAUAAAAAUUAAAGAUAAACUUUAUGAAAAGUACAAGAUAUUCAGUGAUAUGGACCAUGACAAGACAGUUGAAGUUUUAAGCCAGAGAGUCAAAGCGUUGGCAGGUAGGAUAAAGAGGUAUGAAGAUAUUAAUAAGAGAAAGGAACAAAACAAACAAUUUCGCGAAAACCAACAUGCAUUUUACAGAUCACUUAGUGCAAAUAAAAAAAGUCCGACAGAAAUUCCAACAAAAGAAAACAUACAACAAUUUUGGAGUUCCAUCUUAUCACAACCUAUACCAUACAAUAAACAGGCAGAAUGGAUAGCAGACAUACAGAAUGAAACAGAUGAUAUACAUAAGCAUAACUUUCAAGAGAUAACUGUAGAAAGAGUAAAAACCGCAAUAAGAAAAACACAUAAUUGGAAAACGCCUGGACUCGAUAAAAUACAGAACUAUUACUUAAAAUACCUCACUAACAUACACCUACACAUUACUCACUUAUACAACAAACUAUUAGAUGGAAGAGAGACGCUGGAAGAAUGGUUCACCACUGGACAAGUUAUUUUAAUUCCAAAGAAUGAUAACACACAAUAUCCACAGAACUGGAGACCAAUAGCCUGCCUGCCAACCAUGUAUAAACUCCUCACCUCUAUAAUUGCAAACGAACUAUACGAACACUGCGAAACUAAUGAUAUAUUAGCUCCAGAACAAAGAGGAUGUAGACGUCGCGCUCGGGGCUGUAAGGAUCAUCUCAUGAUUAAUAAAGCAAUCCUGGAAGACGCCCAUCAGUGUCAGAAAAAUCUUAGUAUGGGCUGGGUUGAUUAUCGAAAGGCCUUUGAUAGUAUUUCCCAUGACUGGCUACUUAAAGUUCUUGAAUUGUAUAAAUGUUCACCUACUAUCAUUGACUUUCUAAAAAAGGUUAUGCCCUCAUGGAAGGUGAUCAUGGCGGCCCGUGGCGUGAAUGCCUCUGUGACAACAGACCUAAUAGCUGUCCGCCGUGGUAUCUUCCAAGGCGAUUCGCUGUCACCACUACUGUUUUGCUUAGGUAUAAAUCCCUUAUCAUUCCUUCUGCAUAAAUACAUACAAAAAGGGUACAAACUUAAAAACAAUACAGCUAUUAACCAUUUAUUAUACAUGGAUGAUUUAAAGUUAUAUGCCAACAAUAAGAACAGCCUCAAAGUUUUACUUGAUAGCACAGAGAUUUUUACUAGAGACAUAGGAAUGGAAUUUGGCUUAAAUAAAUGCAAUGUGCUUCAUUUAACAUCUGGAAGGAGAGCUGAGCACCAGAGCGAAGGUCACAUACUGUUGAGUGGCUUAAACUUCGAACAUUUGAAGGAAGACGAAAGUUAUAAAUACUUAGGUAUAGAUGAAGCAGGCAAAAUAGAUCAUAAAAGAAUUCAGGAUCAGGUGAAAAGAGAGUACUUCAAAAGAGUAAAAUGCAUUACUAACACACAACUUAGCGCGAGAAACCUCAUAACGGCCAUCAACACUUAUGCCACACCAGUUCUUUUAUACACGUUUGGAAUAAUAAACUACAAAAAUAGUGACUUAAACAAAAUAGAUAUAAAGACAAGGAAGAUACUCACUUUGAAUAAAGCCCAACAACAAAAAGCGGAUAUCGAAAGACUCUAUUUACCCAUAGAAGAAGGAGGCAGAGGACUUAUAAAUAUAGAAAUGUUACACAAAACUCAGAUUAUUAAAUUUAGGCAAUAUUUAAACAAUGAACAGGACCAAAUCAUAAAAGCAAUAGUUAAACACGAUAAACAUAGAGAUAAACAUUCAAUACACAAAGAUGGUAAAAAUAAUGCAGUAAGAAUAGAAUUAACAGAAAACAGAAACUACACCGAUACUGAAAUUAAGAAAGCAGUAAUAAAGACUGGCAUCAGUAAAUGGAAAGAGAAACCGCUACAUGGACAAUUCCGUAGGUCCGUUAUAGAGAAGGGUAAUAUAGAUCGAGAGUAUUCGUUCCGCUGGCUUAAGAAACAAAUCGUGUCCCCCACGUUAGAAUCUUCGGUAUUCGCUAUACAAGAUCAGGCAGUAAUUACGAGACAAAUAGAAAGAGAUAUUCUAAAGAAAUCUGUCGAUGGUAAGUGUCGCCUAUGCCUAGCAAAAGACGAGUCCAUAGAGCAUAUAAUCUCGGGAUGUGAAAAACUGGCCGGCACUUACUAUGUGAACAGACAUAACAACAUAGUAAAGUAUAUUUGGUGGGCAAUAGGAAGAAAACACAAUUUUGAAUUAGACUCGCUAUGGUGGAAGGUGAAUUUGACUCAACCUCAGAUAAAAGAAAACAGCUCCGCGAGGCUAAUGUGGGAGAUACCAGUGCAGACGGACGUUACAAUAAAGCACAAUAGACCAGACAUAAUAUACAUAGACAAGACAGAAAAUAAAACCUACUUAAUAGAUAUAACUGUACCAUCUGACUACAAUAUAGGACCAAAAGAACUGGAAAAACUUAGUAAAUAUCACCCCUUAAAAGUAGAACUAACACGACUCUGGAAUACACACACAGAAACCAUCCCCAUAGUAAUAGGCGCAACGGGCGUGGUGGCAAAAAGUAUACAUAGAUACAUAGACAAACUGGAGGCAAAUAUAAACAUACACAUAAUACAAAAACAAGCAGCCAUACACACAUGCACAAUAAUAAGUAAAGUUUUGGGUAAUACAGUUUUCAUAAAUUCAAGGGAGUCCGAACCUCCUCUUCCCUGA